AUGGAUAAUAAAGCGUGUACUCUUCCGAAAAUUUUAGUUGUUGAAGUGAUAAGUAAUCGUUAUGCGGACCAGCUCUACGAGGAUUUGUUGUAUUUCUACAACAAGAACGUUCGACCAGUGCGAAAUGCAAGCAGCGCUGUACAAGUGAAAUUUGGCGCUUCGUUGAUACGAAUCAUCGAUGUGGUAAGAAUUCCACGAUAUUACGGAAAUCUUUCGAACGAGACCAUACUGCUGCUCACAAAAAGUACCACCUAUUUGCUGACAGAAUCCCAGCAACUGUAA